AAUAUCAUCUAAUGAUACUCAAAUUGUUAUUACGCUUUAUUUUGCAUUAUUAGACCAGAGUAUGUACUUCAUAAUUUUAUCUACUACAUCAUUUGAUGAUACUCAAAUUGUUAUUACACUUUAUUUCGAAUUAUUAGUGG